ACCUUUGAUUAGGCAGUGUACACCGUUGUUGCUUUUGGCAUACGUGAAAAUUAGAAUGAAUCUUUAAAAGUAGCUGUAUAACCUAAUCAAGCUUGCUCUACUCAUUAAAAAGCAGGGAGUUCUAGCUUUGAAUUGUAUUAAAAUGAAGGUAAUAUACGCUGGUUACACCAAAACCGGUACCAAAUCCAUGACGGCCGUGUUUCAUGAGUUUGGAUACAAGACAUAUGACUGGCUUGAGAACUCGUGGUAUCUUGGUAAAGAUUGGGAGAGAAUAAUCAAAGAAGGAGGAACGGUGGAAGAUUUUAGGAGAAUGUACAAAGGUGUGGACGCUGUGGUUGAUGUACCGUGCUAUAUUUACUGGGAGCAAAUUUCGGAAGCUUUUCCUGAAGCUAAGAUUAUCAUUACUAUACGAGAUGACGAAUCGUGGAUACGCGCCUUGAGAAAACAACUUUAUUCGAUGGUAACGGAUUACGUCUACAUAUCAAUGCAGUUACUUUCCUAUUCUGGAUGGCAGCAUUUCAAGUUUUACCGAGUAUGCGGUUUAGCUGCUUUCGGAUCAGUCCCAGUCAACUGGCCUUGGAAUCUUAAGUUCAAUGAGAUGACUUUUAAAAGGCUCUACAGGACUCAUAACUGCUACGUACUGCAGAACGCGCCGAAAGAUAAGUUGUUGGUGUUGAAUUUUAAAGACGGCUGGGGACCAAUCUGUGAAUUCCUGGGAGAGAAAGUACCAGACAAGCCCUUCCCACACGCCAAUAUAGGGGCAUCCAUUAUACAGGAAUACAUGGAAAAUCAUCCAAUUAUGAAGCGAAUGAUGCGAGAAGCGAUGUUUACUUUCGGUGUUCUUACUCUCAUUGGGGCGUAUGGUGGGUACAAGGUUUACCAAAACCCAGCAAGUAUAAGAGGUUGGAUCAACGCAGCAAUGACAAGGUUCAAGUUUUGGUGACUUGUUUAUCACAUCAACUCACCUACAAAUUGCAUGCUGUUUUAUUGGCACAUACUGCACAACCAUUCACACAUAACAUAAUAGGUAAAUUAGAUACACGCGUUCUUUCUUAUUAUUACGCAGAAAAUUAUAAUUUGCUGUAUUGCACCGUGUGUGUUUUAGUUGCACCCGUUCCAGGACGGUGAUUUCAGCGUAUGUGUCAAUUAUGAUGAAGUCGCGUGAUUUGCUUAAUGGUGUAUGGCGCUUUUUCUACGCUUGUUUUAAGCGCUUACCGUUAGUUCUUAGCUUGCUUUGUUAAUGUGUUGUUGUGUUUGUGGUCAGUUGUCUGUUGUAAGCUUCAGUUUUAUAGUAUUAUACUAUGCUUAUUUUUGCCAUAUGCUAUUGAACAUGCAUGUGUUAUGCAGAAAACCUAUAAUGAAGCUAGUCAAGUACAUCUGUGUGUUGUGAGUUCCACGCGAUUAACUGGAACCGUGUUAUUUGCGUCGAGCAUA